GACGACUCUUCGGCGCUCCGGCCACGCCCUUUGGCGCACGCGCUUGGUACGCGGCGCUCCCUCCUCGCUCGCCGUAGUGGUUCGGUCCUCUCGUGCGACCCCUCUCCGGCGCCGCGUCCCUAGCUCUUGGUACAGUCCAGCCCGUCUCCCCAAAGCCGUGCAUCCGCGCCCCUCAGUCAGUGCAAGCCGCAGCCCUCCGCGCGCGGCUAGUGGCAACCCUCGGCCCGCGCCUGCCAUGGUCCGUCCGCGCCGUGCCCCGCACCGCUCAGGCGUUGGGGGCCCCCUUGGGGGUCGUGGCCGCCUACCGCGGCCCCUGACGCUGCGCGCCGUCCGCUCGCGAUCCUGGCCCGCCGGCCCCCGGGGCCCGCAGCCACCGCGAAUCCGAGCCCGUUCGGCUCCUCCCAUGCAAGGUGCCCGGGUCUUUGGGGCUCUGGGCCCCAUUGGGCCGUCCGCACCAGGGCUAGCUCUCGGGGGCCUGGCAGUGGGCGGCCAUCGUCUGGGCAGUAAGCUGCUGGCCUGGAGUGGCAUCCUGGAGUGGCAGGAGAAGCGCCGGCCUUAUUCGGACUCCACUGCCAAGCUGAGGCGGGUGCUGCCGUGCCAGGCCUAUGUGAACCAGGGCGAGAACCUGGAGACGGACCAGUGGCCGCAGAAGCUGAUCAUGCAGCUGAUCCCACAGCAGCUGCUGACCACACUGGGCCCCCUGUUCCGCAACUCGCAACUGGCUCAGUUCCACUUCACCAACAGAGAAUGUGACUCACUCAAGGGGCUCCGGCGUGUCAUGGGCAAUGGCUUUGCGGGCUGCAUGCUGUUCCCGCACAUCUCCCCGUGCGAGGUGCGCGUGCUCAUGCUGCUGUACUCGUCCAAGAAGAAGAUCUUCAUGGGCCUGAUCCCCUAUGACCAGAGUGGCUUCGUCAACGCCAUCCGCCAGGUCAUCACCACGCGCAAGCAGGCUGUGGGCCCCGGCGGGGUGCACGCCGGGCCCAUCCAGAUUGUCAACAAUAAGUUCCUGGCAUGGAGUGGGGUCAUGGAGUGGCAGGAGCCCAGGCCUGAGCCCAAUAGCCGGUCGGAACGGUGGCUGCCGGCACACAUUUAUGUGAACCAAGGGGAGAUCCUGAGGACUGAGCAGUGGCCUCGGAAGCUGUCCAUGCAGCUCAUCCCACAGCAGCUGCUGACCACGCUGGUGCCCCUGUUCCGGAGUUCACGCCUGGUGCAGUUCCACUUCACCAAGGAUCUGGAGACGCUGAAAAGCCUGUGCCGGGUCAUGGACAACGGCUUUGCGGGCUGCGUGCACUUCCCGUACAAACCCCCGUGCGAACUGCGCGUGCUCAUGCUGCUCUACUCGUCCGAGAAGAAGAUCUUCAUCGGGCUCAUCCCGCAUGACCAGGGCGGCUUCGUCAGCGGCAUUCGCCGCGUCAUCGCCAACCAGCAGCAGGUGCUGCAGCGGAACCUGGAGCAGGAGCAGCAGCAGCGCGGGAUGGGCGGGUAGUGGCCAUCCAGGCUGGCCCCUCUAGGAGUCACAGACAAAGCCCCUGUGCAGACUGGUGAGUGGCCCCUGGUCCCCGCCUGAGCCUGUGGGUUCGCCCCGCGGUGUGGGGCCCUGGGAGCUGCUCCAGUGCCCGCCAGCUCCGCCCACUGUGGCCCCCCAGGUCAGAGGCUUCUGAGCAGGGGCCCCCCAGGAGCUGCUGCUGCCCAGCGCGAUGGAGGCCAUAUGCCGAGAUGCCUCUGAGGAUGGUCCCUUCUCUUCUGCGUUCCCCCAAUAAAGUUUUAAAUGCC